AUGUUCAUAUUCCUCUCCCUACCGUCUGGGAAUGAGGAACCUCGCUCAGACAUUGAGAGAGAAACAUUAGCAACGUUCCAAUCACAAGCCAGUCAGGCGCUGCAGAUGCUAAACAGCUCGGAGUAUUACCUGGGCUACGGAAACAUCACGGGGUACCAGCUCUCAUAUGACGACUAUCUCAAUCAUAAGUCCGUAGCUGAUUGGCCCGUGCACAAGUUCAGUAAGGAUGAUCCUUGGAUUGAGGAUCAAAGAUAUUCGAUCUUACCUAAUGAAGUAAUUGAUAUGGUAAAGCAUUUUUGGGGAAAGGACAGAGUGGAAAGGAACAAUGGUAAAGCUUACAUGUUGAAUAUAUCCGGUAGUGCACAUGGCGAGUUUGUGCCCGUUGAAUCUCACGUACAGCCAGUGAAACAGAAAAUACCAAAGUAUUUAAAAAAGUAUUACAAUGAGAGGACAAGUAACGAAGAUAUGGGAUUAGAAGGAGCAACUACAGAACAAGAAGCAAAGAAAGAGGAGAAGGAUGAAACACCCAAAAUUGGAAAUAUCACUAGCCCCGGAUUGAUUUCGGUGGGUAUUAGAGCGUUUCAAUAUAAUUUCAACGAGCCUAAAUUUCACGUGUCUAAUAAGAGCGACCACGUUAGCGAUGCAGUUGUUGUGAGGAUUGAUUUAAACUUGAAAGAUUAUCAAGAAGUUAACGAUUAUACGAUCGAAAUGGAUGCAGUAUACUACCAGAACACUGGCGCGUUGGUAGCCACAUCAAAUUCAGCCAAGUUUUAUGGGUCGUAUGGGUUGAGCCAUUUAACGAUGAAUGAAGAUAACUUUUCAAUUGCAAAGAAAUUAGUGAGUCAAUACAACAGCAUGCAAGAGGAUAAAACGUUAUCUUUGGACGAUAUGAAUGCUUCCAUUUUGAAGGCAUUUGACCAAUGCGAGAUGGUUGCAUUUAUGCAAUUUAACAAGACUAACUUUACUCAUGAUGAAUUGAGAUAUAUUGAUGCCGAGUUGAAAAACCCAAGUGGGAAACCUUUACCUGAGACAUUACCCCAGUUGUCUGUCAAAGAUUUUGUUAUCUACUCGCCUAAUUGUGGGAUUGUUUUAACAAACAAGUCGCAAACUCCGUUCAGCGGGGAAAAAGUUGAGGUUUGGUACAAACAAGUGAGACAUAUAUUGACUGGUCUCUUGGUGUUGGUUUCGCUCCAGUUGUACCUCAUUUUCAAUCAAGUGAAUGCAGCAAGAACUCCGGGACAGUUGUCUGUGAUAUCAAGCAAAACUUUGUACUUUUUCGGCUUUGAGGAUUCCUUAUUGGCUAUUAUGUCGUUGUUGUUGUCGACGAUUGCUAGUGAUUUGUAUUUGCUUCUAGCAUGUGUCGCUACUAUUGCAUUCAUUCUGUGUGGCGUAUUUGAAAUGAGAUUUUUGGUUAAUGUGUUGACAACACAGGCCAAUGAACGUGGAACUACAUGGUGGGAGAUUAUGAGAGGGUCAAGACAAGAACCUUCGCCGAAUGCUACUCCUACAGCUCAACCAGUUGAGGAGCCGGCAGAGGGCCCUCUUUUGCCUGUAGCCAAUCCACCUGCUCAGCAGCAACAAGAUCAAGCACAAGAGCAGCAAGCAACGACAGAACCCAAUACGGCUUGGCAAGAAACUUCAUACAGCAAUUCGAUAUUUGCUUCAGGGUUUACAUUGUCCAUCAUUGCUAUGUUCCUCAUCUUUUCCGCUUUUGAGUGGAGACGCAGGUAUAGAAUAAUAUUUGAGUAUGUUUGCUUGGUGUUUAUAAAUUCCUAUUGGGUGCCACAGUUUUUGCGUAAUACAUUGAAGAACAGAAGGAAUUCAUUUACGUGGCAGUUUAUCAUUGGAAGUAGCAUCAUCAGAGUCGUACCCAUUUACUAUUUUGCAUUAUACAAGGCGAACCCGUUUAAGCAUAGAUAUGAUCCAUACUUGUGUCUUUUAGUUACAAUUUGGGUCUUGCUUCAAUUGGGGGCAUUGGUAUUGCAACAUAGGUUUGGUGCUAGAUUUUGGAUCAAUGAGAAAUGGCUACCACAAGCUUAUGAUUACCAUCGUAUAUUGAGUUUGAAGGAUUUGGAAGAAGGCAGAAUUUCGAGUGAUUUAUUGGCCAGUUUCAAACAAAAAACAUCCUCGCAAACCACUUUGGAGUCUAAUACAGAGGGCGGAGCUGAAGAAUUUGUUGAUUGUGAAUGUACGUGUCCGAUUUGCAUGACGGAGGUCACUCUACCGAUAUUAGUGAAGGACGACGAUUUGAGCGAUUCAAAGAAGAAAAAUCUUCAACACCAUUCUGGCGCUGCGCAAAAGGAGUAUAUGAUCACUCCCUGUCACCAUAUAUUCCAUGCCGAUUGUCUCGAGAGUUGGAUGAAGUAUAAAUUACAAUGCCCAGUUUGUCGAACAAGUUUACCGCCAAUAUAG